AGUCAUUACAAAUAAACAGGAGAUACAGAAAGGUACUUCAUCCCUUCAGAUAACGAAACCACCGAACGGGAGCAACUUUGUCUCCGGGACGACAUCGUGAUUUUGUCGGUUGACAAGAUGGAGCUUAGCCGAAAACUGACGGAUUUUGCGUUGAUAAGCGUGGCGAUGCUUUUUGUUUCGUUCGCGAGAGUGUCAUCGCAGUGCAGCAGUGAACAAGUGAAAACGUGCCCCAACGGACUUUGCGACGAUGAAACCGAGUGUCAAGGCUCGAGUUCUUCAGCCAGUGGUGUGGAGGCGAUAGUGGCUAUCAUGAGCGUCUCUGUAGUCUUAAUUCUUGGUUUAGUUAUUCUCUUGGUUUAUAUUUGCCUUAAACAGGGGCCUUGGUCACAUACCGGCGAAGCAACUGAUUCGAAUGAGAACACUUGCGAAAGAAGUUCUGUGGAAAUUCCAGAAUAUAUUAUGCGGCGGCGAUUUUCAUCGCUAAGCAUGGUGUCUGGACCUCCGCCAUAUUUCAGUCUUUUCAGGUUUAUUUUGAACGAGAAUGGAGAGAUAACAAGCACGGUUAUCGGAGAGAACUCAGUCAGAACUGAAAACACACGCCUUCCUAGUGUCGCCGACCAACCACCUGACUACGGCGUACUGUUCGCACAAUCUCCACCGCCUUAUGAUCAUGUUAUACAGAGUGAACAAUUGACUGUAAUUACAACUAAUGCCAGCACCAUCUCUGAAUGUUAAAAGACGUUCUUGGUCUUCACUGUAGUGAAGCGGCUAAAUGAAUUCAGGACCGCGAAACUUGUCCAUAACGCCAGAAUGAUCGCGAAGCCUUGUCGGCCUCCGUGAGUGUGGGUAUCACUUGAAAUCACCGAUGUUAUUUGAAAUCAAGAAGGGACCAUUGAUAAUAAAAGAUGAAAUGAUUUAAGACGAAUAGUACUAUAGAUUCCCACUUAUGAUGUCAGAACCAGGCUAUCAAAUACCUCGACACUGACUGUGGAAUGUAAAAAUUCAAGCAACCGCGCGUUGCUAUGUAAAGUAGUCAACCAUGGCCAAGAGAUAAUUUAAUGCUCAGAUUUUACUCUUCAAUUUUACCUUUAACUUACUCUAAGCGAUUUUACUUUUUAAAGCUAGACUAUUGUAGAAAACCGCGUCAAACUUCUCUAGUUACGUUGCGAGGAUCAGGAUAAUAUCACGACGGUCUUUUUAUCAUGCCUAUACCGAGCGCGUCAAAGAAACUUCGAGAGAACGAAAGUCGGCGAAUGGGCACAGCGUAAAAUGGGAUAUUAAGGUGAUGUACACUUGUUGUCGUGUUAUAAGAACUGGUCAAGGGCUGUAAAAAGCUGCGUUAUUUGGCAGAAUCUGCACAUUAAGCAUUUGUUUAUUGCUCGCGUCAGUUUGGGGGAUCCGGAAAAGGCGAGUCCGGAAAAUCGACCCACAGGGUGGAAGUCAAAAGCCACGAAAAAUAGAUUACGUUUACUUUCUUUUGUAAGAGAAGAAAUAAUUCUCAAAAUAGAUCAUAGAGUAUUAUGCUUCUAUUAUCUUUUUGUAUUUUAGUUUUCGAUUUCGUAUCUAAAUGGACAAUAAUUGUUGUAUUAUAUUUGUUUCUAAUGGAUUAAGUGAAAUGACUCUGUUAGUAUUUAUUAGUUUAUUUUUGAGCUAAUGCUCUUUGUUCAUACCCAAGGUUAUUAUGAUAUUUAAUUCUUUAUUUAUUGCGUUCAAUAAAGCAAUAUCUGAUAUUGCGA